CGCAGUCAGUCUCGUCUCCUCCACAGGACGGAACUAGUAACGCAUUUACCGAUAGCAGGGUGCAGGGCGGCGGGGCCCCGAACACAGAGCUGCUUCCCCGGCACAGCGGUCCUAGCGCAGGGGUGGAUGGUUCAGAUGAGCCGUGGGUCCAGGUGCUCCGAGCUGCUCUGAUUCUGCUCUGAUUCCCCCGGUCCUCUCCACCACAGAUUCCCCCGGUCCUCUCCACCACAGCCCGACACCAUGGCAGACCCCGCGGUCGCCGACACUCGCCGGCUCAACUCCAAGCCCCAGGACCUCACUGACGCCUACGGCCCCCCCAGCAACUUCCUGGAGAUAGAUGUGUACGACCCCCAGAUCGUGGGGGUCGGCAGGACCCGGUACACUACUUACGAAGUUCGGAUGCGGACAAACCUGCCCAUUUUCAAAUUAAAGGAUUCAUGUGUGAGGAGAAGAUACAGUGACUUUGAGUGGUUAAAGAAUGAGCUGGAAAGAGACAGUAAGAUUGUAGUACCACCUCUGCCGGGCAAAGCUCUGAAGAGACAGUUGCCAUUCCGUGGAGACGAGGGCCUUUUUGAGGAGUCCUUCAUCGAGGAGCGGCGAUCGGGCCUGGAGCAGUUCAUCAACAGAAUUGCAGGUCACCCUUUGGCCCAGAAUGAGCGCUGUCUUCACAUGUUUCUGCAAGAGGAAUCCAUUGACCGUAACUACAUUCCUGGAAAAACUAUACAGACCGAAGCACCUGCCCUGUGUACAUUUAUUUCUACAUCACAUCAUUAUAAUGUGGAUGGGAAUAUCAGAAGUGAAAAAUAUCAGCAAUGCAGGGAAGAAGAAAAAAACAGCUUUUGCUCCUGGUCGAAAUUAAGAGAUUCACUGUAUAAAAUAAGUUUACGUUGUGUCUUCAUUCAGUCAUUCCACACGCGGUGUGUAAAAACAUUUUGAUUCAUCAGUUAUGAGAAAGACAUGCUACUUGUGUUUCUUAUUUUUGCCUUUUUCUUUGGAAGAAAGGUUAUUAUGCUCUCUGAAAGUUUUAUGUAAGAUUUAAAAAUAAGAGCUUAAUUACCAGUUUGUCAUUGAUGUUUUUUUUUUGCUUGCAAAGAUGUGAUUUUGGUGAUACCUUCCAAAGUCGAGCCACAUGUAGCAUCAUGGGAAAAGACAGCAGCGAGUCAUUCCAGUCAGUAUAUUUUACAUUCUGCACAUGCUGUUAUACUGAAUUACUUGUUUUAACUUUGAUGUCUCUGUUUCAUUUGACCUAUUUUUUGGCUUUGUGUUAAAUCAGCUAUCGGAAGUUAAUUUAGGCAAACAAACAUAAUUAAACACUGUGACAAGAGGUUCAUUUUAUGAACAAAAUCUCACUGUUUAAAGUCUCAAUCAGCAUCUGGUUUGUUGGGGGGAAAAAAUUGCCCAUUUUCUGCUUAUUUACAGCUCUUUAAUUCUUUACCAAUAUUAUUGUGAAAUAUAUUAAUACAAGCUGUCAUUGCAGUUCCACUUUGGGUGAUGAGGAACUGCCUUGUUAAUUCUGUCUACCAAUUAAAUUUCCUGCUGCC